AUGAGUGCACCACAAAGAUGUGCUGCGGUCGUGGUAGGAUCCGGUCCCGCGGGUCUCGCGGUUAUGGGGAAUCUGUUGGAGAGACAGCUCAGCGGGAAGAUUGCUUGGAUCGAUCCCUCGUUCCAAGGAGGUCGCGUAAAUCGGAAGUAUCGUGAAGUUCCAAGCAACACCAAAGUUGGACUCUUCCAGGCAUAUGCCACCGCCGUCCAGCCCUUCCGUUCCGUCAUCGACAGCACCCCCGCCCCCAACCCCUUCACCACCAUGGCCAAACUUGACCAGGAUAAAACCUGCCAUCUGCACCACGCGGCCGACAUGAUGCGCGCCCUGACGGACGGGGUCGUCAAGAUGGAGCAGGUGUACGCCUGCCGAGGCAUGGUCACAGCCGCCAACCAGGCCGCAAACACCGGCUCCUGGACGGUACGCAUCCACCGCUCAGACUCCCAAGAUGACGUCGAGAUUAUCACCCCUCAACUCAUCCUGUGCACGGGAUCCUCCCCGACCUUCUUGCCCAUGCCCGAAACGGCAUCACCCCUGCAGAGGCUGGACCUCGACAUGGCACUGAAGCCGAGCGACCUGGCUGCCUUCCUCCCCCGGGACAUGCCGCUGACGAUCGGCGUGGUGGGAGCCUCCCACAGCGCCAUCCUGGUGCUGCUCAACCUGGUGGACCUGGCGCGCAGCUCGCACCCGCAGCUGCGCGUCAAGUGGUUCACGCGGCACGGGAUGCGGUACGCCGAGUACAAGGACGGGUGGAUCCUGCGCGACAACACGGGGCUGAAGGGCCUCGCGGCGGACUUUGCGCGCACACAGCUGGAAGACGCUAUGCUGCCCACCUCCGAGGCCGGCCAAUUCAUCACCAAGAUCGACUGCGGCGGCGGGCAAGAAACCGCACAGUACCAGAAGCACCUGCCGUCGUGCUCGUACCUGGUGCAAGCCGUGGGGUACACGCGGGACCCGCUCCCGUCGCUCUCGGUCGACGGCGCCGAGCUGACACCAGAGUUCGACCACGACUCGGGCAACUUCAAGAACGCCCAGGGCCACCUCAUCCCGGGCCUGCACGGCGCGGGCGUCGCAUUCCCGGAGCGGGUGGUCGACCCUUACGGGAAUGUGGAGUACGCGGUGGGAUUCUUCAAGUUUAUGAAGUUCCUGCGCCGGGUAGUUAGGUACUAG